AUGACAGAACAAAAAAAUAACAGUGAGCAAAUUAAAAAUGAAAACAAUGAAAAUAAAUACUUUUCUCAAUUUUACUCAUUUUUAAAUUCCAAUUAUAUUAAAAACUCUUUUGAAAACAAGUUAGAACAAGUCCAAAAUAAAAAGAGAAAACCCUUAUCUUCUAGAAAAGCCUACAAGUAUCUCAUCCAAAAAUUUAAGAAAGUAGCCAUAGAUUGUAAUUUAUUUUCUGAAGAAAUUGAAGUGCACAAUGAAAAUGAAAAACUCAUCAUACAGUUGUUUGGAAAAAGCUCAGUUACAUUAAAAAAACUUUAUAAAAAGAAAAGACUUAUUGAUCACUACUUUUUCCUUCUUAUAUUAUUUAAUAUACUUUCAAAUUUACCCUAUUCUAUUAUACCUAUUCAGAAGUUUAUAGACAUAUGUGACCACUACAUGGCCUAUGGAGUAAACCUUUUAAUAAAUUUAAAUUGCUCAUUAUACAAUAAAAAAAAAAAAAUUCAUAAAAUAUACUUCGAACCGGUGUAUUACUUGUUCACUUCAUUGUGGAAUAACCAUUUUUUCCACAUCUCCCUGUCUAACACGAUGCUAAUUUUAUCUUUUUUCUAUAAAAUUUACAUUAUUCUGAAAAAGCUAGAAAUUAGAAAUGUAAAUUUGUUUGACAACAUAUAUGUCUUGUGCGCCUCCUAUGUGAACAAGAUAAAUUCCAUGUUAUGGUUUAGCAUAUUUCUGAUCAUUAAAAGAAUGCUCAUAGACGAAUGUGAAAUAAAGAUAAUUAAGAAGAGGGGUACGUAUUUAAUUUUACCUAUAUUUAUUGAUAUAAUAAAAAUAUUGGGUGUAUAUGAUGAAAUAAUAAAAAAGACAAACAUAAGUCCACUAGUAAAACAAUAUGAAGAAUUAAAAUUAUUUUUGUUAUUAUUUUUUCACAAAUUAUUGUAUAAUUUAAUAACAGAACAUGAAAUGCUACCAAGGAAUAUUUUUAAAUAUUUGCAAAUAAAUAAUAAUAUUAUAUUAAAUAAAAAAAAAAAAAAAAAGAAAGAAAGUAAUGUAUUGUUUUCAGACCAUUGUAAUAACAAUAGUGCGAGUGACUUAUAUAAUAGUUUUUACAAAUAUGCCAAUACGAUUAAUGAGAAGUAUGUAUUUUUUUCAUUUUUUGAAAAUUUUUGUUUAUAUAACACUUUUACUGAUGAUGGAAAGUCAAACGAGUCUCUACCCUCUAUCCCUUUUUCCUUUUCCUUGAAUUCGGUCAUCUCGUCAAUCCUAUCGAGCGAAAGGGAGAAGUACAAAAAGGAGAUGAGAAAAAAUGAAAUUAGCAAUAAGGAGAUUAGCAGAAAUAAAAUUAGCAGGAAUGAAUUUAGCAGAAAUAAAAUUAGCAGGAAUGAAUUUAGCAGAAAUAAAAUUAGCAGAAAUGAAUUUAGCAGAAAUAAAAUUAGCAGAAAUGAAUUUAGCAGAAAUAAAAUUAGCAGAAAUGAAUUUAGCAGAAAUGAAUUUAACAAAAACCAGAUGAGCUAUAACGAGGUGAACAGUGAGGGAAAAGAAAAGGAAAAAAACGAUCACAGCAGAAGUGGUAACUUGCCCACUAUACCGGAUUACACAUCGUGUGCAGCAAAUGAACAGAAACUAUCACAAAUAAUAAAAAUAUACAAAAACAAAAUAGAUAUCUUAAAUAUGCAGUACACGCAUUUUUUUAUACACAAAUACAAGAAUGAGAGUAAAUACAUUUUGCUUAUUAAAAGUUAUUUCAACGAUUACUUAUGUGCGCUUGUAAAUAGCUUGUAUAUCUAUUCAAAGAUCAUAUACUCGGGUAGGUUAUUUGGGUCGUGUGCCGGAAAAGCGAGUGGUACUGAGGAGAAAGGCGGUGAUAACAACAGCAGUAAUAUCAACGGCAGUUAUACCAACGACAGUGAUACCAACGGUAGUUAUACCAACGACAGUUAUAUCAACGGUAGUUAUACCAACGACAGUUAUAUCAACGACAAUGAUAACAUCAGUGGUAACAGCAACAGUGAUAACAACACCAUUGAUGUGAAUGGAGGUGAGACGCGAAAUGUUUGGAAGGACGAAGGAUUAAGUGGAAAGGGGUCAAGUGGACAGGAAGACUCAGAACAAAAUACACAUCAACGGAGCGUUCAAAACUGUAAGGAAGAGAAGGAUGAGAUUAGGUGCGCACUCAAUGAACGAGCAGAAUGCUCCUCAAAAGGGAAUGAGGAACAAGUUGAAAAUAGAGAUAAUGGGGGAAAGUACGUAUACGAAAUGGUGGAAAAUAAUCAAAAGGCUCGUUACUGGAAAACAAAUGAAAGCGUAAACGUGGAGGAGUUUUACAUGAUACAUACACAAAAGGUACAAACAAACGAUGAUAAUUAUAUGAAAGAAAAAAGAAAGAACGGAAAGAAAAGAGUGAAAGUAAAGAAUGAAAAGAAAAAAAAGGAUAUAAUAAGGGAAAAAUUCUCACAAAUGGACAAAAAAAUAUUAAACACGCUGAUAAGUUUUAUAGAAGUACUGUACAAGAAUAUUUUUAAAAAAAUUUUAAAGAAAAUACAAAAUUGUAAAAGCAUUAAGGAUCUGAAAUUACAUUUAUAUAUCGAAAAAAUUUACGAAUAUAAAACAUAUUAUUGUGUGAAAAAUAGACUAAAGCAUUUUUGUUUUGUCUUAUUUUUUUCAGUAGCAUUAAAAAAUUUAAUUAAAAGUUAUAUAUACAAAAUAAAAAAAGAAAAAAUAUAUGAAAGUAAUUUGGAAAUUUUUCAGUCCACAUUGAUAUAUGAUACAUGUAGUUUUAUUAAAAUAUAUAAUCAAUUAAGAAAAGCAAACUUUAAAGAUUUUUUUAAGAACAAAUAUAUUAAUUUUCUUGUUUAUGUUAAAAAUAUACUCACCGUACCAUACGAUAAAUUAUUUCAUUACUCAAUUAAAAGUAAAUAUUUUCUUUUUCUCAUCAAAAAUAAAAGAAUUGAUAUUAAUUUUACCAAUUUCAUGGUGCAAUAUAAAUUAAAAAAUCAACAAGACAAAAAACAAAAUGAUGUGAACGAAAACUUUGAAGAUAGUUAUAAUAUCCUACCAUUUAAUUAUAACGAAAAGUUGUCAUUUUCACUAGCAAACAGUGCUAAACAAGAAGAAAAAAGGUAUAUGAACAAAAGUAAUAACAAAAUAAAACAAACAAUACUUAAUCUAUUCAAUUCAUUCAUUCCAGUAAAUAAUAAAGUUUAUGGAAACAAUAUCUCAUAUAAUAUUUCACACAGUAUUUCGGAUAACAGUCAAAAGGGAAACAACACAUCCAUUCAGAUCCUCCCUAAUGAAAAUAUUCCUCAUGAUAGUGCAAGCAGCAUGCACACGGACCACUUAUCUGAUAAAAGGACAAAAAAUGAAGGAGAAAAAUGCAACUAUGAUGACUGUAUGCAGAUUGAGAACUCCAGGCCAAAUGAAAUUAUCGCCUUUUUGCAAAGUGACAAUAAUUGUUCCAAGAGUGACGUAAACUAUUCAGAAUAUAACAAAAAAUGCUCGCAAAAUGACAUGAACUGUUCAGAAUAUAACAAAAAAUGCUCGCAAAAUGACAUGAACUGUUCAGAAUAUAACAAAAAAUGCUCGCAAAAUGACAUGAACUGUUCAGAAUAUAACAAAAAAUGCUCGCAAAAUGACAUGAACUGUUCAGAAUAUAACAAAAAAUGCUCGCAAAAUGACAUGAACUGUUCAGAAUAUAACAAAAAAUGCUCGCAAAAUGACAUGAACUGUUCAGAAUAUAACAAAAAAUGCUCGCAAAAUGACAUGAACUGUUCAGAAUAUAACAAAAAAUGCUCGCAAAAUGACGUAAACUGUUCAGGAAAUGCUAGCUGUAUUUCCGCUCCCAGGUUCAACACUUCUGAUCAUGAGACCAACACCUCUGAAGGUAAGAAAAGCGAAAACAUAAAACGAAUGGAAAAAAGCGAAAAUGAUGUGGGAAGCCAAUAUGAUGUGAGAAGCCAAUAUGAUGUGAGAAGCCAGUACGACGUGAACAGCCAGUACGACAUGAACAGCCAGUACGACGUGAACAGCCAGUACGACGUGAACAGCCAGUACGACAUUAGCAGCAUAUAUAGUGACGAACUCGAAGAAGGAAAAAAGAAGAAGGAAGAAAGUACGCCAUUUGGGAUCAGCGAUGAUGAAAACAACUAUUACGUAAAGGUUUAUAUAAAAAAUUCAAGUGAACAAUUUGAUAGAAAGAUAUUACUAUUAAAAGAUGAUAAAAUAUAUUUCUAUAGUUCAGAAUGUGCUAUCUCUUACGACUCCUUUUACUUUUUAAUGGAAAUAAAAAAGAUAUAUUCAUGUGAUGGUUUUUUUGAUUCCUUAAUUAAUUCACAAAUGGUGCGAACAGGAAAUUCUACAUACUCCUCAACAGAUGAUGACAAAGUUUACUCAAGAAGCAAAUGUAGCAUUUCCUCGGAGAGUGAAUGGCAGAAAUGCGGCUUUGAUGCAAAAAUAAUUUUUCACAAUUCACUGAGAAAAAAUAUUCAUUUGAUGUUCAUAGACCAGUCAUACAAAAAAAUUGUAUCAAAAAUCAACAAUUCUUUAGUUCAUGAAACAGAUAGAAGGUUCGAAUACAUAAAUUUAAGCUAUGAUAAAAACAAAGAAAAAGAAAUUAUAUCCUUAUAUUUUGAGCAUAAUAUUAAGAAGGAAAAGGAUAACAACAAGUGUUUUAGUACCGAUGAUAGCAACAGUGAGUCGGAAAAGGAUGAGUCGUCAGAUAAUAUUGAACGAACUGAACAGUUAGACAAAAAAAUUACGAAUCCUUACGAUAAAUAUGAAUCAAGUGAAAAUGAAAUAGACGAAAGUGAAAAUUUAUUAAAUGCUAUUCUAAACAAUAAUAAGAAUUCAUUACAGAAAAAAAGAAAUUCUGCUAAGAGUAACCAUCUUCCAAAUUUCUUUAACUUUGUAGAGUAUAAAUAUUCUUCUAGCACCACAGAUAUAUAUAUUAAAGAAAAAAAUUAUUUCUCGAAAAAACAAAAAAUACGAGUAAAAAAAGAAAAUAAAAUGAAACUAUUUAAAAAUAUAAAUAAAAAUGAUAUAUAUAAUUUAUUCUAUGAAGAAAUAUGUAGAUUAUGCAAAAAUAAAAAUAACAACAUUUCAAAAACAAGUUCAGAUGACCUUUUUUUUUACAAAUCUGUGAACAGCCUUUACCAUACAGUCAAUCUCUCAUGA